AUGGCAGUCCCUUCUGGAAAAACACCAAUCAGUUUCCUGCAAGAAUUAUGUACAAAGCGAGGAAUCACCCCUCAGUAUGACUUGCUGGCUAACGAAGGCGCUGUCCAUGAACCAGUAUUCAUCAUGCGUGUAACCGUGGGCGACAUCAUUGCUACUGGAAAAGGCACCAGUAAGAAGAAGGCAAAACAUGCUGCAGCACAGAGUGCACUCAACCAAAUCCUGUGCAUGCCAAACGGAGUGGAAAUAAAACCAGAAGGAUCGGCGCCUGAGGCUACCCAACAGAGCCAGCCAGACAGCGAAGAGCUAGGGGCUGGGAACCCUGUCGGGGAGCUUCAGGAGUUCACACAGAAAAGACUCAUCAAACCUCCCGUGUACGAGUUCACCACCGAACAAGGACCUCCUCAUGCACGCGAGUUUGUCUGUGUGGUCAAGCUCGGCAAAUUCACAGAGAAAGCUACUGGGCGGUCCAAGAAAUCGGGCAAGCGGGCAGCAGCUGCCACCAUGUUGAUGCAUAUCAAGAACCUGAUGCAGGAUGGCGAGAAAACCACCAACAUCGAGGAAUCUGACGACGAGGAUGAGAUGCCACUGUCUUCAUCUGAGCUUAGAGCAUCCUACACUGCCCUGAAGGAAGGAAAGAAGAAGAUCCCAGUCCCCAACCCCCAGCAGACCAAGGAGAUCCAGAAGUUUUACGAGAAAAUCCUAAAAUCAGACAAUAAAACCAUGCAGAAGUUGAAGAAGCAGCCACUGAAUGCUCCCUCCACUAACUACUGCCAGAUGCUACAGGAGAUCGCUGAAGUUCAACGCUUUGAAGUCAGCUACAUGGACAUCGCUGAAAUGAGUGCUUCAGCCCAGCACCAGUGCUUGGUCCAUCUCACAACCCUGCCGAUCGCUGUUUGUCAUGGAACAGGAAACACUGUGGACGAGGCCCAUGCUCAGGCAGCCCACAAUGCACUUCAAUAUCUCAAGAUUAUGACGAAGUCUUAACAAUGUUCCCCAGGACGUCCCAUAGCCUCACUUUGAACAAAUGGUUGCUAUGGCAUAAAACUGCCAUAUUUAGAAUUGUGACUUUUUAUGUAAUGUUUAUUUAUCUGUGUUAAGAUGAAAGGUACUUCUAGCCACAGAUGAUCAAUGAAAUACAUUUAUGUUCACAAAACAGAACUUUUGAGAGCGUAGUGUUCAAUGUUUUCAUAUGAUAGUAACGUUUUAAACUGGGAAUAUCUAUAUUUUUAUCCAUGUUGUUCAAGCAACAACUUUAAUUCAAUUUCAUGAACCUGCUUUGUAACAUUUCAAUCUCUUAAAGGACAUAUUUAAAAAUUCCUAACAACAUGUUAUCUCGGAUGUUCCUAUGAAAAAACAUAUACAUCUUUUAGAUGAAUAAUUUAUUUUUGGGAAAAAAACCAGAAAAACAUUCUGAUCUUUGAUUUCCUCUUCAACCUGCAUAUCAAAAGAAAACAUUUAAGUCAUCAUAAACAUUUUUAGAUUUUCUUCAGUAUUUAUUGAAUUAAUCUUAAGGUUCAAAACUAUCGUUAUAUUUGUAUGUGAAGUAGAAGUUGUAGACACUGUAGUACUCCAUAGAGUUCUUAUUUGUAUAAAAUCGUAGUGUAUUUAUAAACAUCAAAGAGCAGGCCUCUUACAACUAUCAACCAAGGCAUUGUCACAGAAAUACGAAUCCAGUUUUUAAAAUGAAAUGGUUUUGCAAUUUUCUAAAACUAGCAAGUUCAAAUCGACGUUUUAGUCAUUAAAUUAUUUGAAGAAAGCCAUGAAUGUAA